UAAGCAACAACAGCCAUGGCCAUACAGAAAUCUCUCUCUCUUGCUUUUCUUCUUUUAUUAUUAGAAUUUCUUUCUUCCAAUGCCUUUACAACAGCACCAGCAUCCACACUCCGAGAAGCAGAGGCUCUCUUGGAAUGGAAAGCCAGCAUCUUCUCACCACAAGCUCUCCAUUCAUGGUCACUUCCAUCUGCUAAUGCUAGUGCCAACACAAUCUCUCCAUGCAAAUGGUAUGGGAUCUCCUGCAACGGCCUUGGAAGCGUAAUAGAGAUAAGCUUACCGAGUGCAGGCUUACAAGGUAAGCUUCAUAACUUGAGUUUCUCGUCAUUUCCAAACCUCCUCCGUCUCAAUCUCAGUGACAACACACUCACUGGAACCAUCCCAGCCGAUAUUGGCACUCUUUCCAGACUCGUCUCCCUCAAUAUCUCCAUGAAUAAUCUCUCUGGAGUUCUACCUCUUUCAAUGGCUAACCUUUCUCACCUUUCAGAGCUUGACAUCUGGUCUAAUGAAAUAACUGGGCCUAUUCCUCCAUCUUUAGGUAACUUGACCAGGCUGACAGUCCUCUACCUCUCUAACAAUCAAAUUUCUGGUUCAAUUCCUGCACAAUUAGGAAAUCUCAAGAAUUUGGUUGAGUUGUCAUUGCAGAAUAAUAGUCUGACAGGUCCAAUCCCUCCUGCUUUAGGUAAUUUGAGAAACCUUACACUUUUGUACCUCUACGGAAAUCAAAUUUAUGGUUCAAUUCCUGCACAAUUAGGAAAUCUCAAGAAUUUGGUUAAGUUAUCGUUGCACAAUAACAAUCUGACAGGUCCAAUCCCUCCUGCUUUAGGUAAUUUGAGAAACCUUACACUUUUGUACCUCUACAGCAAUCAAAUUUCUGGUUCAAUUCCUCUGGAAAUUGGGAAUUUGGUAAAUCUCAAUAAGCUUGAGCUUGAGAGUAACCUUCUAACAGGUUCUAUCCCUUCCACUUUAGGAAACUUGACCAAGCUUAAACUCUUCAAUGCAUUUGACAACCAUUUAACUGGUGAGAUCCCAAAAAGCUUCAGAAAUUGCACUAGUUUAACUAGAGUUCGACUCGAAGGAAAUCAGCUUGUUGCAAAUGUAUCAGAAGCCUUUGGUGUAUACCCACAUCUCUAUUUCAUGGAUGUCAGCAACAACAUGUUGUUUGGUGAACUCUCACCGAACUGGGGAGAAUGCAAAAACUUGACCAGGCUACAGUUAUCUGGGAACAUGAUCACUGGUAGAAUUCCUCGCGAGAUUGGGCAGCUGAAGCAGCUACGAGUACUUGGUCUUUCUUCGAACCAUCUAGAAGGAGAGAUUCCAAAGGAAUUUGAGAGGCUAACUUCUUUGUUCAACUUGAGUUUAAAUGAUAACCAACUUUCUGGUCAGGUACCAAAAGAGAUUGGAAAACUCUCCAAUUUGGAGGUUCUUGACUUGUCAAUGAAUCGCCUAAGUGGUCCAAUACCACCUCAAUUAGGGGAUUGCUCCAAACUCCGAUAUCUGAAAUUGAGCGAAAAUGAUUUGAAUGGAAGCAUUCCAUUUCAAAUUGGUAACCUGGUAUACUUACAGGAUUUACUAGAUCUCAGUCAUAACUUGCUCAAUGGAGAGAUAUCACCACAACUUGUGAAAUUGCAUGUGCUGGAAAAGUUAAACCUCUCCCACAACAUGUUGUCGGGCUCCAUUCCACCUUCUUUUGAAGCAAUGUUCAGCUUGCAAUCUAUUGAUUUUUCAUACAAUGCUUUGGAAGGUCCUCUUCCCAACAGCAAAAACUUUCAGAAGGCUCCUGCAAUUGCAUUCAUAAAAAACAAAGGUUUAUGUGGUGAAGUGCAAGGUUUGAGACCCUGCAAUGCCCCUUCAAUAAGGCAUGGUGAUGCAAGGAAAGGCCGCCAAGUUGUCAUCUUCAUUGUUCUUCCUCUCUUGGCAGCCUUGUUUCUUUUAUUUAUAGUCGUCGGCGUUUCUUCCAUUUAUUCCCAAAGACGAAGAAAUAAAGAGAAGGUGGUUCUUGAAAGGAGCAGCAGAAAUCCAUUUUCAAUAUGGAAUUAUGAUGGGAUUGAUGCAUUUGAACAAAUCAUGGAAGCGACAGAGGGUUUCGACGACAAAUACAUCAUCGGAAUUGGAGGGUAUGGAAAAGUUUACAAAGCAAAUCUUCCAUCAGGCCAAGUAGUAGCUGUGAAGAAACUUCACCCACUCGAAGGUGGGGAUCAAUCCGAUCAAAGAAGUUUUAGAAAUGAGAUUCGAGCAUUAAUAGAAAUCCGUCAUCGCAACAUUGUGAAGCUUUAUGGUUUUUGUUCCCAUGCUCAAUUCUCAUUUCUAGUCUAUGAGUACAUGGAAAGGGGAAGCUUGGCUAGCAUCCUAAGCAAUGACAGAGGAGCUGCAGAGUUGGACUGGACUCUAAGGGUGAAGGUUAUUAAAGGUGUGGCCCAUGCAUUAUCUUACAUGCACCAUGAUUGCACCCAACCAAUUGUCCAUCGAGACAUAUCAAGCAACAACGUUCUGCUGAAUUCGGAACUUGAGGCCUGUGUCUCUGACUUUGGCACUGCAAGAUUGUUGAUACCUGAUUCAUCCAAUUGGACUACGCUCGCCGGCACUUACGGAUACAUCGCUCCAGAGCUUGCAUAUACAAUGAGGGUAACUGAAAAAUGCGACGUAUAUAGCUUUGGCGUUGUGGCACUUGAAGCGAUGAUGGGAAGGCAUCCUGGGGAGCUCAUCUCCUCUCUGACACCACCAAGUAGACAAGAUACACUGCUAAAGGAUAUGUUGGACCAACGUCUCCCGGACCCGACAGCUGUGGUUGCACACGAAGUCAUAUUUGUGGUGUACAUGGCACUUUCAUGCAUUCAGCCAGAUCCAAACUCUCGGCCAACCAUGCACCACGUGGCUCAAGAGUUAUCUAUUGGUGGGUCUUCAUUUUCUCUAGGGCCAUUCCACGCACUUACAUUACAUCAACUCAUGGAUCUUAAGGUAUAGUUGGGUGGAUGAAAAUCAUCAAGGUUGAGGGUGUGUAGUGGCAAGAACAUUAUUACUGUGUGUUUAUUGUAUGAAAAUCAUCGUAUGUGGAGAAGGUAUUUUUCUUGCUAUGAUAUGUACGUAAUUUUAGUGUGUGGAAUUGGUGUUUAUCUAAAAUGUAGAUUUUCAGGUGAAGCUUCUCUUUCUUUGUGGCUCCCACUUGAAUGUUUGUAUAUCGUUUUUAUUGUAUCAAUAAAGUUACAGGUGGUGUGCUCCUA